UAUUUCUAAUAGUUUAAGCGUUUUUAAAAACGCGACGCUUCAAUUGGUCAGCCACACAAAAUGUUUGAAUUUUUUUUUUUACUUUUUAGUCCGUUGGUUAAAAUAUACUAAUUAUAAGAUUAUUUUACUUCGCGCUAAUGAUUAACUUCGAAAUAGUUCGUAUAUGUAUAUAUGCAUACGUAUUACAUAUUAUAUAUCGUCUGAUGUGUAUUCGAUCGUAUCGGGAAAGAUGUUGGUUGAAUUUUGUUGGUCGAAGUGACACACGUUCUAUCCUCCAUAUUGUAAAAAUAUUAUCCCCAAAUCUAGUUACCAUGCACUGCCAUGAUAAAUUACUAUGUAUCAGUUGAAUGUAUAUACAUAAGUACAUAUAGGAGCUUUCGAAGCUCGUCGAUGAUUUGGAGAGUUUUUCAUAAAAAGAGAUGAUGGGAGCGAUGUGUCAUCGAAGAAGAUGAGCGAAAGGAAAUUCACUCGCGGCUUGGGAAAGCCGGGUAUGGCUGCACAAUUACGAGAAACCGUUUCACAGGUCGUACGGGAAAGUACCGUACAGAGUAAACCACAUUUAGUCGAUCCUAUUGAUUUUGAGAGCUUUGUCCUAAAAAAUAAAACAUUAUUGCAGAAUGAUCCACAAAGAGAAUUAUUGCUUUAUCCAUCAGACGAUGUUUCUCAAGUCGUUUUACCAAGGCGUUAUCGCACUAUUGUGCCAACAGGACAAUAUAUUUCAGAGAAUGACGAAGAAGGUGAAAGUCUUCUGACGAAAGAAUGUUUAAAAAGCUACACUUCUAAUUGGAAUUUGGUGCAUUAUAAAUACUCUGCAUACAAUGGAAGUUAUCUCGAUUUACCCAAGAUAACAAAAGCAGACGAUCUCAAGGAUGAAGUAUAUGAAAUUGAUACUGAAGUGGAUCAAGUCGAUGAGGAUUUAGUGAAAAAUAAUGGAAUUACAAAAGAAGGAUACUUAAUGAAAGGACCUGAAACUGGAAGUUCUGAUCGAAUGUUUGCUCAUAUCGGCUCGAAAUCAUUUAAAAGACGUUUUUGCCAUUUAAGACAAGAAGUCGAUGGCACAUACAUUUUAGAAUUUUUCAAAGAUGAAAAGAAAGGUGAAGCUAAGUUGGCAAUAGUAAUGGACUUUUGUACAGAAGUUGUUAGAAAUUCUAAACGUGGAAGGUACUGUUUUGAGUUAAAAAUGACAGGAACUCACAAGUCUUAUACAUUAGCAGCCGAUAAUGAAACAGACAUGCAAGAUUGGCUAUCAAAGUUAAAUUCUGUAUUACAACAUUACAAGCAACAAGAAGAGAAACGUGCUGCGUCCUUAGAAAGAACGUGUAAUACCCCUCCUCCUUCUUCUCAGCCAAUGCAGGUAUAUGGAACGUUGAAAGGUUUGGAACAGAGUAUGAAUCCACAAUUAAUCAAGUAUUCCAGGGAAACUGAUACUAGUAUAGCAUUAGCUAGACGAGAAAAUAGAAAACCUUUGUUUAAUCUAUAUUCUCAUAUGCCGCGUGUAAAAGCAUCUACAGGAAAUUCUACCGAACAUAAUAUCGAUCCAUAUAAAGAACAAUUUGGACAUAGAAUUUUUAUUAAAUGCGAAAGUCUCAAGUUCAGAUUACAAGCUCCAAUCGAUGAAAAAGAAACUCUUUGUCAAGUGGAACCGUACCAAACAACAUUAUGCCUUUUUGAUGCAAAACAUGGUAGGAAACUUUCCGAAAAUUUUUAUUUCGACGUUAAUCAUGAAAUUAUGCAAGGCAUGAUCAAAGAAUUAAGUCCUACUAGCAUUAUGACAGAAUCUAGUGAAAAUAUAAGUUUACCUGAAGAAUUGAGAAUUGUGCCAUUAGAUUGGAUAAAACAUCCUAAACAGGCUAUAUUUCAUGUUAGUAAUCCUCAUCCUGACAUAUUUCUUGUGGUAAGAAUAGAUAAGAUAUUGCAAGGAAACAUAUGCCAAACUUCUGAACCAUAUGUCAGAGCAACUAAAGAUCCAAGAUUAGGUUUAAAAGUACACAAACAAGUUAGAGCGUGUUGCCAAAGAUUAGGAAAUUACAGAAUGCCAUUUGCAUGGGCUGCUAGACCUUUAUUUAGGCUAUAUAGCAAUGAGUUAGAUACUUCUCCAGACUUUCCAGCAAUAUAUAGGCAGGAAGGGAAUAAGAUCCGAGAUGAAGAACUAUUAAAACUCCUUUCAGAGUAUAGAAAACCUGAAAAACUUAGUAAAUUAACUGUUAUACCCGGAUGGUUGAAAAUUAAAAUUGAAUCUAUUAUUGAGAUACCAGAAAAUACAUUGUCAACAUCCUUGACUCCUCUGAAACAUUUUCCCAUACCACCUGUCAACGAUCCAACUCUUGAAAUUGCAGAAUUCGAAAGUACAUCUGAAAAGGAUGUUCAUCCUUAUACUACAUAUGUCAAUCAUCUUUAUGUUUAUCCACAAACUUUAUCUUUUGAUACUCAGAAGAUAUUUACAAGAGCUAGGAACAUUGCAUGUAUUGUUGAAUUACGAGACGAUGAUGGAGAAAAUGUGGAACCCUUAAGAUGUAUUUAUGGUCGUCCAGGUACGCCACUAUUGUGUGUACGAGCGUCUUGCGCAGUCUUACAUCAUAAUGCUAUCCCAUCUUGGUACGAAGAAAUUAAGAUAAGGUUACCAACUAAACUUCAAUCAAAACAUCAUUUACUUUUUUCAUUUUAUCAUAUAAGCUGUGAUAUGAAUAAGAAAAAGGAAAAUGGGGUUGAAAAUUGCGUUGGUUAUGCUUGGGCUCCAUUGUUAUAUAAAGGAAGACUCAACGUAAAUAUGGAUGUAAAUGUUCAAGUUUUACCUGUUGCAACACAUUUACCACAAGGAUACCUGUCCAUUCAACCCCUUGGUUUAGGGAAAGGGGUAAGAAAUGCUGGACCAGACAUUACAUGGAUUGAUUCUCAAAGACCAAUAUUUACAGUAGCUUUUCAAUUAAUAUCGACCGUAUUUACUCGAGAUUCUCAUUUAUACAAUCUUUUUGCUCAUGCCGAGCGAAUACUGGAUACGAGGCCAUCUGUAACGCCUUCAGAUUCGGAAACAUGUAAAAUAUUGAAAGCUGCUCAUGCGAUACAGUUGGUCACAGCUAUUACUUUUCUUCCUACUAUAUUAAAUCAAUUGUUCACCUUAUUAACGUAUAAUAUCGGCGAAGAAGUAGGAUUAUAUAUCGUUAGAGUACUGAUACAUAUUAUUAAUAUGAUACACGAAGCUGGCCGAAAAGAAAUACUUCAGGCUUACAUCAAGUUUGUCUUUCUAUCGCCAUCACAAAUGGCCUGUAAUAUGACUGUUCAUGAACAAUUAGGAAAAUACCUGCCAAUAUUAUUACAACCAAACAAUACGGAUUUUUUGGUAAUUAACAAAUUCAUGCGUCAUUCUAAUUUUUUCUUUGAAAUAAUGAUUAAAAGUAUGGCACAAUAUCUACUUACUACUGGUAGGAUAAAAAUGCAUAGAAAUGAAAGAUUUCCCAAAGAGUAUCAUGAACGCGUUAAGCAUCUAUUGGAUGUAAUCAUGCCAUACAUAAUAAAUAAGUACAAAGAAAUGCCAAUUGAAACUCAUGAAUUAAAUAAAAGCCUUGCUCAAUUGUUGAAGCAUUGCCUCACAUUUAUGGAUCGUGGCUUCGUUUUCCGUUUGAUCAAUUCGUACGUGGAUAAAUUUUCACCUGGUGAUCCGCGCGCUCUACAUGAUUUUAAAUUUACAUUUCUUCAAAUAAUUUGUUCUCACGAACAUUAUAUAUCUUUUAAUUUGCCAAUGAUGCAGUCUCGAAUUUCACCUAGAGAAAAUACUGAGAAAGAACCAGAAUGUAAUGAUUUGAUGAAUGAAUACUGUCUAUCGGAAGAUUUCUGUAAGCAUCAUUUUUUGGUUGGCUUGUUACUCCAAGAAGUCAAAAUAUCUCUUAACGAAAUCAUGCAAAUUCGAAAAGUAUCCAUAACUACUUUGAGAGAUCUCUUGGCUAAGCACGAAAUGGAUGAUAGAUACCAAAAUAAGGGACAAUUGAGUAGGAUAGCAUCCAUUUAUAUACCAUGGUUAGAGAUAGUAUUGGAAAAUUUGGUGCGUUUACAAUCUGUACAUGACAGUUCUAAAAUAGAAAAUAAACACAGUGAUAUAAAUCGAAUAUCAACUAGCAGUUCCUUUUUGGCAACUAAAGAUAUCGCUAAUAGUACUAUAACAUCAGGCACUCCCAAAUCUAUUCACAGACUUACGUUAAAUUUGGAUACGCAAUCUCCCAUCAGAGCAUCUAUACAUUUGAGAGAUUCUACAUAUUUUGCUGCUAUCGCUGGACAAGGCUUGGUGAAUGGCUAUUCUUGUACAAGUAUAGAAUCAGAUACAUCAACGAUGUCAGGUGCUUCUCAGUCAAAUAUAUCUCAAGAAACAGCAAUUAUUCGAGAAUCUGUGGAAAAUGGUAUAAGUGAUAAAAAAAGACAUUCUCGUUCUUUGAGCGUUACGCAGUCUUCACCCAGAUUCGAUAAAUUGCAAUCUUCUGAAGUUAAGGAUAUAUUGCUUUGUUUUCUAUUCGUGAUCAAAUAUUUAGGCGAUCAUCAGGUUAUUGCAUGGUGGCAACAAUGCAGUGAUUCGGAAAUAUUGAGUUUUUUUACUGUCAUCGAAAUAAGUCUUCACCAUUUCAAAUAUGUUGGUAAAAGACAAAUAGCUACUAAUGUAAUAAAUAAUUCUGGAAAACCUCGUACAGUAAAAGCAAUGACAUUGCCAGCUAGAAUGGCACCACCAGAUUUCACUACUGAAAGUCCAACUACUGGUACACUGCAACCACAUAAUACUGUUACUAGAGAGAAUCUUAUUGAAAAUGACAGUAGUAAAAUGUAUCAGGCUUUACUCGAGGCAAAUAUGGCUACAGAAGUUGGUCUUAUAGCACUUGACUGCUUAGGUCUCUUUUGUAUUCAUUUUAAAGAUGCACUUUUAGCAGACAACGGAGAAAAUCCAAUAAUGCAAAAGUUGUUCAACAUCUAUCUAUCCUUUCUUCAAGUUGGUCAAUCUGAGACCCUUUUACGUCACGUAUUUGCUGGACUUCGAGCAUUUUUAAAUAAUUAUUCCAUUGCUUUAUUUCAAGGAAAUGCAGUACUUUGUGGGCGAUUAUGCUAUGAAUUAUUACGAUGUUGUAAUAGUAAACUUAGUUCUAUUAGACAAGAAUCGUGUGCUUUACUAUAUUUGCUUAUGAGAAGUAAUUUUGAAUUUACUAGUAGAAAAGGAUUGACAAGAGUGCAUUUACAGGUAAUAAUCUCAGUUUCACAAAUGCUUGGGAAUGUGAUUGGUUUAAAUAAUUCAAGAUUUCAAGAAUCAUUGUCAUUGAUAAAUAGUUAUGCUUCUUCUGAUAAAGUAAUGAAGGGUACUGGUUUUCCAGUUGAAGUUAAAGAUUUGAAUAAAAGAAUUCGAACAGUUUUAAUGGCAACAGCACAAAUGAGGGAGCAUAACAAUGAUCCUGAAAUGCUUGUUGAUUUACAACAUAGUUUGGCUAAUUCUUAUGCCAGUACACCAGAAUUAAGGCAUACUUGGUUGGAAACUAUGGCUAGAAAUCAUGCUAGAGAUGGAAAUUAUUCCGAGGCAGCUUGUUGCCAGUUACAUAUUGCAGCAUUAAUGGCAGAAUAUUUGAAAUUGAAGAAAGUUCAUACAUGGGGAGCAGAGGCUUUUGACAGUAUUUCCGCGAAUAUUUCUAGAGAUGAGCGUAGCCUUAAGCUCGAUGCUGGCGUUCAAGAUAUUCAUUACACAGAAUAUUUAUUGCUUGAGCAAUUGGAACUAUGUGCUGAAAUGUUAGAAAAAGCAGAACGUUUCGAAUUACUUGGUCAUCUGUAUCGUUUAAUAAUUCCUAUGUAUGAAGAAAAAAGAAAUUAUGAAGCUUUAGCAAAUUGUUAUACGCAUUUAGCACAAGCUUGCAAUAAAAUCGUUGAAGUCACUAAGUCCGGUAAACGGCUUCUUGGGAGAUUUUAUAGGAUAGCAUUUUUUGGAUCUGCAUAUUUCGAAGAAGAAAAUGGCCAAGAGUAUAUAUAUAAAGAACCCAAAGUGACAUCAUUAUCAGAAAUUUCCGAGCGACUUCAUCAUUUAUAUUCGGAAAAAUUUGGUUUUGAAAAUGUCAAGAUGAUAAUGGACUCUGUACCCAUCAAUGUUGCUGAAUUAGAUCCAAAAAUAGCAUAUAUUCAAGUGACGCACGUAACUCCGUAUUUUGAAAAAAUAGAACUAGAUACUCGACAAACAGAAUUUGAACAAAAUCACAAUAUAUCUUGUUUUAUGUUUGAAACUCCAUUUACGAAAGAUGGACGAGUAAGGGCAAAUCCUGAAGAUCAGUGGAAGAGAAGAACUAUUUUAACAACACAAUAUUCCUUUCCUUAUAUAAAAAAACGUAUAGUAGUGAUUGAAAAGAGAAUAAUGGAACUUAGCCCCAUCGAAGUAGCUUUAGAUGAAAUGAGACAACGUGUUCAAGAAUUAGAGGAUGUGGCUUUAAUAGCUCCAACGGAUGUGAAAAAACUUCAAUUACGUUUACAGGGAAGCAUUUGUGUGACAGUAAACGCUGGUCCACUUGCUUAUGCUUCUGCAUUUUUAGACCCAGCACUUUCUCUGCAAUAUUCUGAUGAUAAAGUUGAAGAGUUGAAAGAUGUUUUUAGGGAAUUUGUAAAAAUAUGUUAUACAGCUUUACAAAUCAAUAGUAAAUUAAUUACUUCCGAUCAGUAUGAAUAUCAGGAAGUAUUACGUGAAAAUUAUCAAAAGCUUUGUGUAAGUUUAUCAUCGUUAUUGGGUGAACCUAUAUGGUCGGACGAACAAGUUGGAAGUUUUAAACGUAACAGUGCGGGUCUAUUUAGUGUUAUUAGUGGCGCUAAUAGUCACACGAGCACAGCCUAAGUCAAGAGAUACUGUUGUUCAUGUCUCUUGAAGUUCAUUGCAAUCACAUUAGAGUAUCUAUAUAAAAUAAUAAGCAAAUCUCUCAUAUACGCUCAUUAUGCUUUAAUUAUGCUCACAUUAUGCUCGACGUAUAUAUGUAUACAUAUAUAUCAUGAUUUCUUAAUCAGUAACUAGAGGCCACUUUCUAUACCGUAAAGAUUCUUUUCUUACAUUAAAAAGAAUUAUUGAAAACAAAAGUAUCGCGCACAAUAUUCUAAUAAAACAGUAGUAAACUUGGUAGUAUCGCUCUGACGAGAUUUAAGGCUGACUAUCAUAAAUUAUAUCAACUCGUUUUAGAAUAGAGAAGUGGCUAUAUUUAAAUACUUUAUUUAUAUUUUUAAGAUUUAGAUAAACAUAUUUGUUAUAUUGAUAGAGAUACAUAAAAUUCAAUUUUUAUUUUAUUAAUGUAUCAUUGUCAUACAAUUGUUCAAUUAACAACUAUUAUACCAAUACAGCCACUGUGUUACAUUUUUAAUAUAUGCAAUAUUUGUGCAUAAUGAUUUAACUAAGUAUGAAUUGUAAAAUUAUUUUAAGCAUAAGAAAAUGGAUCAAUUGUACUGUCUACUUUCUGUUAGUAUGUACUUCCCAAGUGCAAAAUCUAACACUUCAUCUAUUAUAAUAUAUAAUAUACGUAUAGGCAUAUACAAUACAAUAUACAUUUAGAGCUUUUAUUUAUUAAGACUACAAUAAGGUAUUUUACACAUUGUUAAAUAUAUAUAUACGUAUAUGUAUAUGCAAUGAUAGCAAACUAGAUUAUGUUGCAAAACAUUUAUUAAUUCAUUGUGCAAAAAUUGAUUAUGUGAUUUAUAUGUUGUCUACUUCUCGAACAUAGACUUUGAUUUGUACAUGUAUAAUUUAUUUCGGAUGCAUGCGUAAUGUAUAAACGAGAUCUAUAAUAUAAUAAGCUUAAGUUCGUAUCGAUAAGAGAAAAUAUAUAUAAUAAUAAUAAUAAUAAUAAUAAUAAUAAUAAUAAUAAUAAUACACAAAAAAGGAUAUAUCUAACAUUCAUAAAAAGCCAAUAAGAAAAUCGUUUUUUUUAAUUGAAAAUAUUCUUAAUUUAGAUAUGCCUAUAAAAAUGAGUUUUUCUAUUUGUUAGACAUAUCCUCGUUCGUUACAAUAUGUAGCAUAUACUUAUUCAAGAUGUACUUAUUACGACUACUAUUUCCCUAGUUCACGCAUUUCACAAAUUAUUUUGAUCCUGUAAAAAAGAAGUUAUUUAAAUAUUUAUUAUGUGAUAUAUUUUUAAUAGAGUACAUUAUUUUUUUGUUAUUAUACUCACAAUUAUUCUUUUUUAAAUUUUUGUACAUAGUUGUCGUAUAAGGGAAAUCUUUUUAAUGUCACAACAAAAUAUAUAUAAAUACUAAUUUUGGGAGAAUUUCUCCAAAUUCUGUGAUUUUUAAAGAUAUUUAACACUUUUUUAAUAUUACGGAUUAACAUAACUGUGAAUAUAAAUUUAAAAAAAAAUUGUUGAACACAGUUAUAUUUUAACUAAUUGUGUUAAUACAGUUAAAAUGUUUAAACAAAUGAAGAAAUGUAUGUAGGUAAUUCGAUUUUACAAAAGAGUUUUUGGAUUUUAUUUCAAUGAUACAUAAAGAUUUUUUUACAAAUAAUAUUUAAUAUACAUAUCUUAUUUUAUACCAAUAGAUAAGAGAGAUUAAAGAUAACAAAAGAUUUUCUACAACAUUUUUCGUAUGUUUUUAAUUGGAAAACAAGAGGAAACAGGAUCAGUUAGAAUUUUUGAUAAAGCUAUCAAUAGUAUCAUGCCUUUGACUGAAUAUUAUCGUCAUUUUCAUUAGAGAGAUAAAUAUUAUAUCCACAUUUUUGCCAUUGCAUAUUAUUUCUUUGAUAUUAAUACUUUUCCUUUUAUGUCUGGAUAUUCGAAUUAUUAGCACGCGUUUUGUUGUUUUAGCAAGUGAAUUAUACUAUUCGUACAAUUUAUCUUAUUGUGUUGCGUGCGCGAACAUUUUCCAUAUAUUUAUAUUUGCAUAUAAAAGCAAAUAAUUGAAAAAUUUUAUUCGUAUUAUAUAAUUAGGGUUUUCAGGUAAUAAUUGAUCGAGAGUAUUCUCUCGUAGUUACCGCGUUGUGACCAUGUUGUGACUAUACCGCCAUAAGCUGGAAAAAUAUUGUAAUUCCGACCAACGGAAUAUUUGUGUUUACAACUGUUAAAACGGGAAAGAAUUAUUAGCCUUUUGACAUUGUUCUCGUGAUAUGAUGUGCAAAUGUACAAAUUCUUCUUUUAAUAGAAUCAUUGAUGUAAAGCGAAAUGUUUCAUAUCAUGUAUACAUCUUUGCUGUAUGAAAGUCGAAAUGCUGUCCAGUAUUGAUAUCGAUAAUUCUUAUAGAAAUACGUUUCUAACGAUUGAAAUAUCAAUCUGUUAUUUAAUACAGUAUCACACAAAUGAAUAAUAAAAUGGCUAGCUUAAAGAUUACAAA